UUGAGAACAGUUAUACCAUCAUCAAGUGUUGCCUUGAUCGUAAUAUUAAAUCAACAGAAAUGACAACCAUCAAAUUACAAUCCGCCGAUGGUGAUAUAUACGAAGCAGAGAUUCGGGUGGCCAAAUGCUCUAACACGAUCAAAACAAUGAUCGAAGAUUUGGGCAUGGACGAGAACCAGGACGAAGCGGUGCCCCUGCCGAAUGUGAACAGCGCCACCCUGCACAAAGUGCUGGAGUGGGCCAACUAUCACAAAGAUGACUCGCUCGACUGCAACGAUGAGGCCGACAAACGUACCGACGACAUCUGCGAUUGGGACCGAGAGUUUCUACGGGUCGACCAGGGAGUGCUGUUCGAGCUUAUUCUGGCAGCCAAUUAUUUGGAUAUCAAAGACCUGUUGGAUGUGACGUGUAAGAUGGUUGCCAAUAUGAUCAGGGGGAGAACACCGGAUCAAAUUCGGAAAACGUUCAACAUUAGAAACGACCUAACACCGGAGGAGGAGCUUCAGAUUCGGAAGGAGAACGAGUGGUGCGAGGAGAGGUAAUGUGUUUUAUGUGAAUAAUAAAAAUUUGUUUAUCAUUCUGAAA